GCUGGCCCGCGUCAGUCCCGGCCGCGGUUGCGGCCCCGGCCUGUUCUGGCGGCACCAUGGAGCGCAUCGAGGGGGCGUCCGUGGGCCGCUGCGCCGCCUCGCCCUACCUGCGGCCGCUCACGCUGCACUACCGCCAGGGCCAUUUGAUCCUCUGCCCACAGAAGCUGCAGCUCCUGGCUCCCGUGGUCCCAGCCUAAUGGGACCCAGAAGUCAUGGGACUUCAUGAAGACACAUGACAGUGUGACCGUUCUCUUAUUCAACUCUUCUCGGAGGAGCCUGGUGUUGGUAAAGCAGUUCCGGCCAGCUGUGUAUGCGGGCGAGGUGGAGCGUCACUUCCCAGGGUCCCUAGCAGCUGUAGACCAGGACGGGCCCCAGGAGCUGCAGCCAGCCCUUCCUGGCUCAGUGGGGGUGAUGGUUGAGCUGUGUGCCGGCCUUGUGGACCAGCCUGGGCUCUCGCUGGAGGAAGUGGCUUGCAAGGAGGCUUGGGAGGAGUGUGGCUACAGCUUAGCCCCCUCUGAUCUGCGGCGGGUCGCCACGUACUGGUCUGGAGUAGGGCUGACUGGCUCCAGACAGACUAUGUUCUACACAGAAGUGACAGACGCCCAGCGCCGCGGUCCGGGCGGGGGCCUGGCGGAGGAGGGUGAGCUCAUUGAGGUGGUGCACCUGCCCCUGGAAGGCGCCCAGGCCUUUGCGGACGACCCGGACAUCCCCAAGACCCUCGGCGUCAUCUUUGGUGUCUCGUGGUUCCUCAGCCAGGUGGCCCCCAACUUGGAUCUCCAGUGAGAUUCGGGGGUCUAGUCAGAGCCCCCCUGCAGACCCAAUAAAGGCUUGCACCGCUCCA